UCAAGAUGAGAACAGAGAUCUUCUAAAAGACUUUUGAUUGAACAGAAUUGAAAGGCAACACAGUUGUUCCCCGGAACGAAGCUCUAAUGUGUUUGUUUUUCUCAGCUCUUGUGUUUCUCGAACUAUCGGAAUUUGAAUUCAAUUUGUAAUYUUUUUAAGAGCUUUUUCGUUUUUGGAUUUACUGGUGAAAUCCUGAGGCUUUCUGCUCCGAACAACCGUCCUCCUUUCAAGAAUGAAUGAUUUAUUACGAAACAACAGCAACUUCAAGUAUUCCAAAAAAACUGCCAGAAACAUCCUUGUCAUUGUAUUUGUUUAUGGCAUACAAGAACUUCUGAGAACCCAAUUCUUCAGAUGUCCGUGCAAAAACUAUGCUCUCUACAGCUUCAUUAUGGUAGCAGCUCCUAUGUUUUUCCUUCUUGGCAUUGGAUUCAGCUCAAGUGAUGGCUACUGGUCUAUCGUUUCCCGACGAAAACAUAUUACAAACAACAAACUUCGACUCAACUACUGCCUGAGGUCCCUGCCAAGUCUGUUUGAGCCGUUCUUGCCAGCGGCUGCUUUUAUUGUAUUCGUUUUGAUGAGAGGGGAAUACUACGCAUGUGCGAAAAUUGGAGGACGAGACGGUACAUGUUUGGCCAAGCAGGGACUGGAACAAAAUUUAAAGACAACAGCUCAAGAAAUAGCAAAAUUCAACACUCAAUCUCAACUUCUUGGCUGUGGCAUUCUCGCUGGAAUCACAAUAUUCGCUGUGGGAAUUCUUUUCAUUCGUAACYGCUGCUUCGAAAGUGAUGUCAUUCCUGGCAGCGAGGAGUUUCGCUUCAUGGAAAACCAAGUAUUUUUUGCUGCUUUCAGAGACAAAAUGAAGGAUGCCAUUGAGAGYGAAGUGAAGAGAGAUAUGGAGGAAGCGUUUGACGGGAUGAACAACGAACGACAAGAUGCAGAAAGCGUCUUCAGAAAAGCAAGAGAUCAGAUCUACCAGAAGAAAUCCUUGAAAAAGCCGUAUGAGUAUGACCAGAUGAAAACACGUCAAGCAUAGGACACUUCACAUCGACCUAUGUUCAUUUUUCAAUCUCACUAGAGGAAACACUUACUUCCUGCAUGAAGUCAUUAUGACUUCCGGUUUCGAAAUAUUUUGUAACCUUUACAAAUUUGCAUGCUCAUCACAUUUUUAUUUUAUUUCAUCAAUUAUAUAUUAUUAUUAUUGUUAUUAUUUCAUUUACGAACCAAGAAGCAAACGAACAUCUUGGAUUUGCACAAAGCUACGCUUGAUCAAAAUUUCUCUACGYUCAUUUUUCCAACCUUCGUUGCUCGGACGUAUACUUCGAAUUCCGGUUACGACUGCUUUCCGAGAGUUUUGGCGGGAAAAAGAACUUUAUCAGCUAGCGUGCAUGCGGCUGGUUUCCAACUUCGCGCCAAAAUGAAUCAGCCAAUUAAACUAAAGCAGAAAGUCAUAAAGUAACAUCAUAUAACUUGAAUGCAGUCUACUCAAGAAUAACCGUCCAUUAUCUUUUAAAACACAUAAUGGAACUAGUUUAAUUUCAAAGUCGUUCUCAGUCAAAACGUGUUCUACGUACUUUUCUUAUUUGGUAUAUGAAAAUCUGAAUUAUUCUAUUUGAAGGUUGAAAGCGAUUGAUAAACAAGCAGUCUUYUUGAGGGGUAGUUAUUUUAAUAUACAAUGAGUGAAGCUAAAGACAAAAUGGAGCUCAUGAAUUUUUUAUAUAAAUUGGCGGUUMWUGU